GAGCUCAAGACCGCUAUGGGCCUCAGCAGCAACACAAAGAUCCAGGUCCUCUCCGCUCGCAUCAAGGAGAAGGAGAAGGACAUCCGUUCGCUGAACGCAGUGAUGGAACUGAAGAAGGAGGAGAUCCUGCAGCUGCGUCGGGAUCAGCUGGAGCUGCAGCGGCUGCGUGAGCAUAACGCCAGGCUGGAGGAGCGCUGCACCAAGUACCGCGCCAAGGCUGAGGAUCUGGAGGCGCAACUGAGGCAGCGCGCCAUUGUCGAACGGCAACUGUGUGAAGAAAACUGCCGACUGCAGGAGUGCCAGGACAAGGAGACCAAGGCCAACAAACGGCUCUCGAUGGAGAACGAACAGCUGCAGUACAAGCUGCGCAACCAGUCUGACGUGCAGACGACUCCAGAGUGAGCCCGCGCUCGCCGCUGCGCUCCGACUCGCUGCGCCGGCGUUCGCGUCGCUCGGACGAGGCGUCGCCGCCGCCGCAGGUGACCGCCGUCGUCGAGAAGUCCGACUCCAUCAGCUGGGUGCUGGACAUGGAGGGCGGCGGCCGCGACUCGUCGGCAGAGCCGGACGACGCGGCCGACAGUCUGUCGUGCGACUCGUCCUCAGGCCACGGGCCGAGUCGC